AAAUUGAAUGAAAUGCAGCAUGGUAGAAAAGUGAAACUGUUAUACAAAAGUAUACUGCGAAUGCAUCGGGGUCUCCCGGAAGCACUGCAGGAUUUAGGCAACAAAUAUGUAAAAGAAGAGUUUAAACGACACAAAAAUUGUUCUGUCGUCGAGAGCCAAUUGUUCAUAAACGAAUGGGCAGAAUACGCUUUGAUCUUAGCGGAACAGUUAGGCUUACGAGGUAAGCCCGUGGGAAUGAUUGGAGCAAAUUUGUCGGAGAAGCAAUUGCAGUUCUUUCGAGAUGAACAACUGUCUCAACUAUACGAACUACUGCAAGAAGCUAAGCGGUGAACAAUGCGUGAAUGAAGAAUCGUACGUUGGCGGAUCGAUAGCUGGUACAUCUGCUUCAUUUGCAACACUCAGGUACGAUUCGGGCAGUGUCGGGAAGUAUGCGUCACAUUCGAAACUCUGUUUAAUUUCCGUUAAAUAGACACGAUGACAACGAUCCGAUUCCAUUGCCUCUUUGUACACGCUACUGCCACCGACGAUCCAGACGUUCUCGAUAUUUGCACCAUGGUCAGUCGAAUCUAGCUUGCGUAUAGCUUCUUGAAGACUGCCACAAACAAUUACUUCUGGCGGAAACAUAUGGUCGGCUGGAUUGCGCGUGAGAACUAUAUUUAAGCGAUCCGACAACGGGCGCUUAGUCUCGGGCACUCCGAAGUACGUCUUUCUUCCCAUGAUCACUGCAUUUCGCUUGCUGCUAUCCAAUACUUUUUUCGUCAUACGAGAAAAGUAUCUUAGCUCAUGUCUGCAAACAAACGCGAUAACAUUGUAUUUUGUUACGAAUAAACGUGGGCUUAAUACUUACUUUAGCUUCCAUGGUAGA